UUUAACCAUACACAUUGUAAAGAGCUCAGUCUCUUCGACAUUCACAUACGUACGGGGCCCCGCGACAAACUUAGUUUUCUGAACAACGGGAAUCCAGUUAUAAAUAACAAAAUUAUUGUAAUUCGCUAUCAGGGGUUUUUAUGCCUACACGGCUUUUCCCCUAGAGCCAAUAAAGGUCAAUCCCUUUUUGCUCUAAUUGCAUCAUUUACCACCAUAUUAGAUUCAAGAUUUAAAACUAAAUUUUUAUCAGACGAAAAUAAGGCGAAACAAUGGAUAAUCGACGAAUUACUUGAAAUAAAUAAUAGAGCCGAAGAUAAAGACACACACAGUCAUAAUGUCAAUCCUGUUCAAGAACAAGAUAUCAUCAGUGAAACACACAACGACAUUUGGAAGUGUUUUGACGACAUCGUGAAUAAUUCAAAAUCAGAUAAUAGCGAUAAUAGUAUUAUUGAGGAUUCAUUAAACACGGGAUUGUUUAAAAAACAACCAAGUAAUCGCAGUAAAAAAAAAAUUUCAAUUCACAAUGCCGAAUUAACAAAGUAUCUGACGAUACCUCUAUCACCAAGAACUGAAGAUCCUUUAACAUGGUGGAAAACCCAUGCUUUAGAAUAUCCUAAUCUCAAAAUUUUUGUUUUAAAAUAUUUGAGUGCUCCACCUUCUUCUGUACAUUCCGAAAGACUCUUUAACGCAAGAAAAUUAGUUUACUCUGACAAUAGAAAUAAAUUAUCACCGCAAAAUGCGGAAAUGUUAUUAUUUAUAAUGAAAAAUUUAUUAAUAUUAAACUAUGAUUAUUAAGUAAUAUUAAAACUAA